UUUUGACACACAGUUUCUCUGCUCUAGCGCCGUCUAGGGUCGUCGGCCAUCUUAAAAUGAAUGGUGGCGGAGGAGAACGGGCGCGCCAGCACUAAAUCGCAGAAGCUCGGGAAGGAAAACAUGGCCGUUACCAGAGCCUCCCUCUUCUCCCCCCCGCCGGCAAUGGUUUCCCCAAUUCGAUUUUCCCGCCACGAUGCUCCACAGCCCUUCAAUUCCAAUCGCUAUUCCCUACCACGGAAACCUCUGAAAAUAACCGCCAAAUCCGAAAAAACCCAACUCUCAAACCGCAAAACCAACCCCAGAACCCAAACCCAAAUCGAGUCCGAUGACGACGACGGCGGAAUCCCCAUGGAAGACAUAAAAAUCAUCGCUCGAUUCAAGUCCAGGCACAACUACAUCCGCGUCCUCGAGGUCUCCAGAAGAGCCACAGACCACCCCCUCGCUGGCUCUCGCCUCCUCCUCCUCGACGCUCCGGGCAACAUCCACAGCAUCUCCUUCCUCGUCAAGUCCCUCACCGACACUUACUUCGACGUUUUCGCCACCCUGCCGCCGAUUCUCCCCGCAUCCGGGCCGGUCGCAAUUCUCGGGUUCGGUGCGGGCUCGACGGCCCGAUUGGUUCUCGAGUUGUACCCGGAUGUGAUUGUUCACGGGUGGGAGCUCGACCCGUCUGUGAUUGACGUUGGGAGAGAGUUCUUCGGACUCCACAAGCUCGAAUCCCAGUACAAAGACCGGCUGUUCAUCUACAUCGGGAAUGCUCUAACGGCGGCGGUGAAAGAUGGGUACUCUGGGAUUUUCGUGGACUUGUUCUCCAAGGGCAGUCUGAUACCGGAGCUUCAGGAUCCUAACACGUGGGAGAUGCUCAGAAGGCGUUUGACGAAAUGCGGGAGAGUGAUGGUGAACGUUGGGGGCAGUUGUGUGGAGGCAGAGAACAAACGGCGGGAUGGGAAGGUUGUAAUGGAACAGACUUUGGCUGCAAUGCGCACGGUUUUCGGCGAUCAGCUUCAUGUUUUGAAGCUUGGGAAACGCUCCUCUGAAGAUAGCACCCUGGCUCUCACUGGUCCGUUGCCCGAUCGCAAAGCGUGGAAGACGGCCAUUCCUCAUAAAGCUCUGAGGCAUUACGUUGACAUGUGGGUGCCAUUGUAGCAUGUGGGUUCGUGAAGGAAGGGCAGCACGGCAUUUCUUUUGGUAUUCGACUUAAUGACUUCUUUUGUUCGUGUCUUCCCCUGAAAGAAAGAACAUUGCACUAGGUUGUUGAUUAAUUGAAGUUUCUUGCUGCUUGUUAGCUGUAAAUGCUGUAACCUGUAAGGUUGCAGCAGAUGGAAUUCUUGGAAACUACCUGUUGCCUGUUGGUUUAGAUUUUUUAAGGGUGGUGGAUGCAAGUUAUGCAACUAGUACAUGUUCUUUUCCCCCCAACUUGACAAGAACAGUUGACAUUGGAACAAAUAGUAGAUAGAAAGUAGGUUUCUGUCAUCGAAUACUCUUAUGAAUUGGUUGACUUUUGAUUCAAUAAAGCAAAUCUAGCGAUGGAGGGGUUGUGUUAUAUUGGCAUUCUAUUCGAGGGGUACCUUCCAAAGGCCAAUCCCAAGCAACUCGUGAAUUCUUUUUUCCUGCAUGACCUAAUGGACAACUAGAUGAAUAUGAUAGUUUAGUUAAUGCUAAGUACCUUGCACAAUGUUGUUUUAUGAGGAAAAUGAUUCUUAAUCAUCGCACUUAGACAUGUAGUCAUGUACAAACUGUAUAUAUACACCAUUUGCAGCAAGUUCUUUUAGUUUGUAUCUCUGCUUGUAUCCUUGAAUUCCUUCAGCUUGCUGGUUUUUCCCAUGAUGACAAGAAAGUUGGCUGCAAUCGCGUUGCUGCUAGUGCUGCAUCUUCUUGCUGCUGAUAUUCCUUCAUCCUCUGCCUUGCGUCCUUAUGGUUAUAAAGAGACUCUACUGCAAAUUCAGAACUGGAGAGACGCAAAUGGUGGUAAGAAGUCUGAAAAUGGGGGAGAUACUGAGAUUCCAGGCAGGAGUGACUCAGUGGCCUUCCGGAGCUUAAGGACGAGUUUGCCGACCAGAGCACCACCUCCACCUGUAGUCAAUCGGACGAAGGCAUUCAUCAUAGUUUCACCCCCUCCUCCAAAGGUCUGAAGAUGUAGUAUAUGAUCUGAUUGAUUUCCGCAACAAGUUUAUGAUCAUAUGAUGCUUUUGUGUGUUAGCGUUGCGGGUUGCCUAUGAUGUCGAUGGCAUAAUUUUGUUAUGGGAUGUGGGUGUUCAUAAAUAAUCUUUCAGGAAUGAAGGAAGUUCGUCCAAUUCUUUCAGGCACGAUUCACCUGUAAUUUGAGUUGACCAGAAGUUCAUGUCUUCAGGUUGGCCAAAAUGUUGAUGAUCAGUCAUCUGGCUGGAAUCAAAUUGAUUAACUCGAUCCAUUCAUAGC